UUCUUUUUUCUUCUUUUAAUCAGAACUUUCUCUGAAGUGUGAGCUAUAAAUAAGUAGAAUUCUACUUCACAUUUCCCCUCCCAGAGGUUUUACAAACGCAGACACCUCUCAGAGACGUUCACUUUUCCCUACGAGCAUCAAAGUUCAGACACUCGUCACUCUCUUUUUUCAUGGCGACCAAACCAGCUGAAGCAGCUUUGGAACCCUUGAAAUACCAGACAUGGGUCUUGAAAGUAUCCAUCCAUUGCGAAGGUUGCAAGAGAAAGGUCAAGAAGGUUCUGCAGAGCAUCGACGGCGUUUACACAACUACGAUCGAUUCCCAGCAACAGAAAGUUACAGUGACUGGGAAUGUCGACGCUGAGACACUCAUCAAGAAGCUUUUGAAGACGGGGAAACCCGCAGAGCUCUGGCCUGAUAAAGCUGAGAAGGAAGGGAAAAAAUCAGGGAAGGGGAAGAACGCCAAGAAACAUAACGACACAGAGAGCAUCGAGAAGGGCGAAGUGGUUGUCGAGGGAGAGAACAGAUCUCCAGAGAACGAAGAACCCAAAACUGCUUCCACGGAUAAAAGCACAGGCAAAAGUAGCGACGGUGGCGGUGCAAACAAGAACACCGGCGGCGGCGGCGAUGAAAACAAUGAGACGGCGAAGCCCGAUGGAAAGAAGGGACAGAAUUCGAACGCCGGCACGGACCAGAAGGACGUGACCGGAGAAGGCGACGGAGCAGCUGAGAAAAGCGGCAGUGGCAAUGGAGGUAAAAAGAAGAAAAAUAAAGGGCAAAAAGGAACUGACGUCAACAACGAGGGUGUGGGUAAAACCUCCGGCGAUACAGCGGCGACCACUGGAUCGGUAGCUACUCCUGCUCCGGUCCCUACGGAGCCAGCCGCAGCGUUCACCAAUAUCAACCCUCCAGGUCAUCAAGGAUACCCGUAUCCAUACCCGUACCCAUACCCAUACCCUACCUACGUUGCUCCUCGCGUAUUGAGUUACCACACGGCGCAUCCUAGCGCGAGCUACACCUAUGCUCGGCCACCGCCGUAUUCUCAUACGUACACGGCUGCGGAGUCUUACUCACCUCCACGACAACCGGCGGAUUCUUUCGAGAUGUUCAGUGAUGAGAAUGCCCACGGUUGCGUGAUCAUGUGAUUUCCGGUUCUACCACAUGGUUCAGCGGUUCAUGGAGAUAUGGGUUAAACCUAAGCUUAUACUACUCGUUUUAGCUCAAGGCUAUUUUUGUAACAAUGUACAUUUAAAGGGGGAAGGAAUAUUAGAAUUAUAAAAAGAAGGGUCUUAGAGGAUGAACCAAUAAUAUUGGUUUUGUCUUGGGGGAGGGGGGUGUUUCUGGGUUUUUCGUAACUAGUUGUCCUUGUUUUGCAUUUUCCCUACUUGCUUUUGUUAAAAUGUUAUUAGCCCUGUAAUGACUUAGUUAAACUACUUGAAUCAAUCAA